UAUACGGCUAAGUACCAAGUACAUUUACUCCUUAGAUAUUAUACGAUUGGAUGCUGGGCUGUAAGUAUCAGCGCUCAACCAUUCUUCAAAUGCCAACUCCCUAUGGGAAGGUUGCCGUCAGUCCGGUAAUCCAACCGUAUAAAAGGUCCCGGGGUGCCCUGUUAUCUCACAAAUCCCAGCCAUGGACAAGGUAGCGGAAAUCCAGCAGAGAGACGUUCCAGAUAUCUUGUUCCCUACUGUGGGCAUCUUCUUACCGCUCCUCGACGCUCAGAAAGAAAAGAUUCUAGCAACGAGCAAGAGAACGUUUCAGUAUGGUGCGACGGAAAGACAUAAACUUGAUAUCUACUACCCAUCAGCUACGUCUGCCUCAUCCAAGAGCCCUCUUCUGUUCUUCUGCUACGGAGGAGGCUUCAGUACCGGCGCUCGUGUCCUCCCCCCUCCAGCCGAUCUCUCAUACGGCAACCUCGGAUCGUACUUUGCAGACAAGGGCUUCAUAACCAUCAUCCCUGACUACCGCCUCGUCCCCGACGUCCAGCAUCCUGGAGCAGCCCAGGAUGUACGCGAUGCCAUGCAGUGGACCAUCGACAACCCCGAGAAGCUCAUUUUCAGUGGAGUUACCGAGCCCGAUCUCGACGCUCUGUUCGUAAUGGGCCACUCUGCCGGAGCCAUGAACGUGUUUACGAUUCUUAUCACCCCCGAGUUGUACUCGGCCACUUUACAUCCCAAAAUUAAGGGCGCGGUUCUCUUCGCUGGGGCAUACACAUUUGAAGAUAUGCCUUCGUUCAUGACCGACGCGGUAGAGCAAUACUACGGUAGCUUCGAGCAAAAGGAAAAGCUACCACUCGGCCUGCUGCAGGCGGCCUCUGAGAAGAAGAUAGCUUCUCUUCCUAGAUUACUCUUGGGUAUUUCGGAACGAGACCCUGACUCGUUGAUCAACGCCUUCAAAAGUUUCCAGUUGGCUUUGGAGGCUCGUGGCCUCACAUAUGAUAAGUUUGUCGCUGCGGGGCAUAAUCACAUCAGCGUUUCUUUUGCGCUCAGCACGGGCGAAGGUGAGGAAUGGGCAUCGGACGUCGUAAAAUGGAUUAACUCGGCGUGAUAUUGAAUUACGAAACAUGUGUAUUUCCGUUCGAAAACGUUUAAAAAAGAUGCAAGACCUGAGUGUCUGUGAUAAUAGUAUGAGUUAACUUUAUGCUGCGUUUCAUCAGCGUACCAUAUCUGUGUAUCACCAGGUCUUUGUUCUUCAACAAGUUGGUCUGUUCAGUUUGUUGCUUGUUAAUGCAUGUUGCUUUGUAAGAACUGGCGAGUUCUGCGAGUAUAUAGUAAAGCCGGGCUCGCCCGGCUAUAAUCACAAGCUCGU